AUGGCGGAACGCAUCCUCAUGAACGAGUUCCGUGCCCUGAGCAAAGAGAAAUGGGUCAACGUCGAACUUCACAAUGACGACAUCUUUAAAUGGGACGUCGCCCUCGUUGUCCUCAACGAGGACUCCCUAUACUACGGCGGGUACUUCAAAGCAACUAUGACCUUCCCCUCAAACUACCCUUACAGCCCUCCCCAGUUCCGCUUUCUUGUGCCCAUAUACCAUCCCAACAUUUACCCCGACGGCAAAUUAUGCAUCUCCAUCCUUCAUCCGCCAGGCGAAGACGUAAUGUCCGGUGAAUCUGCCGCCGAACGCUGGUCUCCCGCCCAACGAGUCGAGUCCGUCCUCAUCUCCAUCCUCUCCCUCCUCGAUGACGCCGAGGUCUCGUCCCCUGCCAACGUCGACGCUGCCGUAAUCUACCGGAACGAUCCAGACAGAUUCCGCUCCAUAGUCAAAGGCAACGUCGAAGAAUCAAAGGCACACCGGCCAGUCGACUUCGAAAUGCCGACUCUGAUUCAAGACGCAUCGUCCCGUGAAAUCGUGGAGAAGGAGGAUGAGGACUUCUGGGCUGAGUCGGGUGACGACAGCGAUCCCUUCGGUGGGAGUGACUCCGACUCGGACAUGGAUAUGGAUCAUUUUACCGGAAGUGACGACGAUGACGACGACGAUGAAAUGGACGACAGGAUUCUUUAA